UCCUGAAAAACAACCAUUGCCCAUAUAUCCAAAUACAGCCCACAAAUUCCACAUUAAUCAGAUAGCAAUCAAAAACAAGAAAUGGCAGUGUCUUCACUAUCCUUUACAUCACCAAAGCUUCAAGCCUUCACUCCAAAACCCACUUUUAAGGCUUCUUCACACCAAUCAACUCCUUGUAUCAACAAGAAACAAAUUUUCCAAGUGGGUGUUGGAAUUUUGGCUGCUUCAAUAGUGGUUUCAGCACCUUUAAAUGCUGAUGCUACCAGAAUUGAAUACUAUGCAACCACUGCUGAGCCAACUUGUGAGUUCAAUUUUGUCCGCUCUGGACUUGGGUAUUGUGACAUUGAUGUUGGGUCUGGUCAAGAGGCUCCAUAUAAUCAGCUCGUUAAUAUUCACUAUACUGCAAGGUUUGCAGAUGGUAUAGUUUUUGACAGCAGCUAUAAACGUGGUCGAGCCCUGACCAUGCGCCUCGGCAUGGGCAAGGUGAUCAAGGGACUAGAUCAGGGAAUCUUGGGAGGUGAAGGGGUACCACCAAUGCUAGUUGGUGGAAAACGUAAGCUUCAGAUUCCUCCACAUUUGGCAUAUGGACCAGAACCAGCAGGCUGCUUUUCAGGAGACUGCAAUAUUCCUGGAAAUGCAACACUUGUAUAUGACAUCAAAUUCGUUGAAAUAUACUCUGGAAACAGGAAAAUGUGAUAUGAUGAGAAAUCUGAAGCUCAAGCACAACUAUGAAGAAUUCUUCUCCUUCCCCUCGAAGCAUCUGCAGUUUCUCUCAAGCCAAUUACUUGUUAAGAGAAUUGACAUUGGGUCAAACUCAACCUCAAAAGCUAGCUCAUGAAGUGAGGAUUCAAUUGUCUAUCCCCAAACAAUGUUGGGACUACUAACAAUCCCGUACGCCCAGGCUUACUGAUUGAAGCAUGGACAACAUAAAAUGGGGGCCCAACAUCAAAUAAAUUAAAAUUUGGGAUGAGUCUAACUUUGAUACCCUAUUAAGAAAAUGGACUUCGGCCUAAAUCAACCGUAAAAGCUAGCUCAUGAAGUGGAUUGUCGAAUUGCCCAUCCCACAAACAAUGUGGCACUACUAACAAUACUCCACAUCAUGCAGAAUGGUCUUCCAGUCUUUUUUGUCUCUUUCCUCAUUUUCUGGCUUUGCCAACUGUUUAGCGCUUGCUUUACAUUUGUUGGCAUAACCCAUUGGACUCCAUAAAGGUUAAGAAACAUGCACCAGAGUUAGUGCCCAAAGAUCAUGCUACCACCUAUGGAAAUGUUAAUGAGGAGAUGUUCGGACAUACAAUCUGCCUUGACUCUGUUGCACUUUGGUCUAGCUAGCACCUGUAGUUGAACUGCUGAUCUAUCCGCAAUAUCCAUUGUAGUUAAUGAUCAAAAAAAUAACCAUUGUUUGUAUUAAACAUCAAAUUUCACUUUCAAGUAUUCACCAGUUUAGUUUUAUGGUGAACUUCUUUGAGUAUUGGACUCUGUGCUAUGCUGAAAUGCUUUAUAUGUUGUGGCAUCUGUAAUGGAAAUCAUGGUGACUAGUUGUCUACAAUGAUAGUAGCGAUCAAAAUGUAGAGUGAUUUUAGUUGGCAUU